UUGGAAGGUAAUGGGUCUUAAAGAAACAUUCUCUCAGCAUUCUCCGCAUCUCUGUGAUUUAUGCGCUUGCACGCGUUGGCCAAUCACGCGCACGCCGCAUCAGCACCGGCAUUGAGGGGGGUAAAGACGCAAAUAGGAAGCAGAAAUGAUCCCUGUUCACUUUUAACCCUGCAAGGAUGUCCUCCAUCAUCCAUAAUUCUCUCUGGGCUUGAGACUGUUCCUAGAAGGAAGCAAGACAAGAAAUAUGAAGGACGGUCACUUCAUCUGCCACGGUGCCAUCCUCACCCACCUCCAGGGCGUAGAAAUUGAGGAUACCAGCAGGGUGGUCAAUGUACACGCCUAACACGGGAGACCUGGGAAUGCCUGGGAUUUCUGAUAUGUGACCAUCGUGCCAGGCGUGAUAACUUGAACCACUCCAGCCCAGACACCAGGAGUUCUCGUUGUCACCGAGGCCGCAAGAGCCAUCCUUGUUCCUCCUUCCAGUGCUUUCACUGGCCAGGCCGACGACCACCCAGCCAGAACACUGCACCUCAUAGUAGGCCCGGAAGCCCUGGAUGCGCUCUUUGCAAAGCACCUACGAACAUUGUUGGAAGUCAAUUCAAAAGUGCUACUCGCUAAUAGAUUUACUGCAGACACUUAACUUCAAAUAAACAGAUCUGCUGCCUAUGUUUUCGUAUCAUCUCAAAUUGCACCUGCUGCUGACAUUUGAGCUUGUUAAGAGUACCUGGGGCAUGUACUCAAAUCUCUCCGGUCCAUCCAGGACGGGACAAGUGACAUCAUCGGUUAUGCGAGCCACCUUGGCGCCUCCCUGCGAUACCCACAACACCUUGUUGGCCGUCCGUGGAUCGAAGGUAAGGUCCAUCCAAUCUGGUGAGAACAGAAAUGAGUUUUGGUCAAGAAAGCAAACACAUUUUUUGAAUAAAAACCUAUGUGUUUACGUUUGAUGAGAUCAGAUCGGGUCUUUGGCUCUGGCAUAUCUGGAUCGUAGACUGGGGUCUUCUCUGCGAGGGGAUGUGACAAAAAUGAUAUUUUGACCUUCAUUCACAGACAGUCAAUUGAAUCAAAAUCAAAAUAUCGAUGUAAUCAUAUUUAGUCAACUUUGAAGUCUUAACAUUUGAGCAUUUGUUGCGUUAUUGUGUUAAAAAUCAAGCAAAUCAAGUAAAGUCAAAACCAAUUUUCAAAUAAAUUGACUUACUUUUGGUUAGGCUAGUCGUUAAUUGAUUAUGUUCAGUCACAAAAUGUUAAAGGGAACCUUGAAACCUGUCAAAUGGCAUCAAUUAAAUAUUUUUGGCAAGCCGCCUAGGAUUAGUUUAAAGACACUGCUGAUGAGCUGGAAUCGGAUGCAGGCAUCUCUGUAACAAAACAAUCUGACCAGCAGCAGAAUGUGACAAAAUCAUGCCAAUCAUCAGUCUAGCUUCGCUUGCUAGCUAGCACAGCUAUUCUCCAUGUCCAGCCCAACCGCGUCAUCAUCGCCAGCAUGCAUUGCGCACAUAAAAUAUGGCGUCCUACGUAGGUCGAAACGUACUAAAUAUUAUAGAUUUUUAAAUCAAUGGAAAAAUAUAUUUUUUUAAUAACAUAUCUUAGUAAAAGAAAACAAUUGUGGCUUAUGAGAGCCUACAAGUCUUUCAUUUCGAGGUUCCCUUUAAUAACUUUGAGUCAAGGUUGUCAUUUUUUUGGAUGUUUCAUUGCAGUUACUUUUAUUUCGUAUUUACUUUUGUUGUUUUAAUUAUCUUUUGUAUUAAAGUUUUUGUUUUUAUUAGUUUAUAUAUUUAAAAAAAAUAUAACAUUUUAAAUCAAGUUUUAAUUAGUUACCUACUUCGAUGAUUGACUUUUUAGUGUUAUGUUCUGUUUUGUUCUGUGGUCUCUGACUUUGAAAAGUAUAUACACAUAAAGUAACUUAACUUUCUUACCAAUCAUUAUUUAUUUAUUAAAUACAUGGUAAUUUUCCGGUACUCACACAAUUUCUGGGUUCUAGAUCACAGGACUGAUUUAUGUACACUCCCCUCCUCCCAAUCACUUAUCUUCUAGACCCCCACCCCUCUUUCUUUCCCUGGUUAACAGGCCCCCCACAUCGUGUCAACCGGAAAUACAUCUAGCUGACGAUAGCACCAACAUAUUCAUAGUUAGUGUAGGCGUUCAAUGUAUUUCUUGUUGUUGUUUGUGUUUCUUCUGUCCCACUUUCUUUCUUUAUUUCUGUUCCCCCAUAACGCGUUCCUGUUCGCCGCUUUGUCCGAGAUAUGUUGAGUGAUCACAAUGGCAGUAGGUCAUACUCAAAUGUGAAACAUUAAAACAGUUCAGACCAACCAGACACUAAGACUUCCAUUCCCCGUGUCAAAAAAAAAAAAAAAAAAAAAAAACAGAGUAAUUUUUGUGUGUAACAUUAACAAAACGGUGACUGUGACAUUGUGAUCCAAAAAAGGUGAUUUCAGUAUAAAAGUUGGAAUCAAUAUUCGUAUUCGGUGUAUGAACCUAUUACAAAGAUGAAAACAAAAGGACACUUUUGUUGUAAAUUUAGUAAGGUUUGUAAAAUCUAGUUUCAGUUCAGUUGUGUGUAGCUUUUAAUAAAAAAACACACACACAUUUUCAUUUGGAUUUGUUUUCAAAAAUUUUUAAAUUUUAGUUUGAGAGAUUUCUGUUUCAUAGGGUUUAAGGGGCUUUCGAAGAAGCAACAUACAACCAAAGGGGGCCUUAUUUAUUGAAAUCAUUUGAUGCUGUCGUAAUGUUAUUCUAUACAUUUAUUGACAGUGUAGCACCAUCCAAAGCAUUUCCCGGCAUCACCAAGUUAUUUGAAGGUACGGCUUUCCCUGAGAGUCUCUAAGGUCAAUCUACUUGGCUCCAACAUUCACCUGGUUUAACAUCUCAACAUUUCGAAGCAACAACAUACAACCAAAGGGGGCCUUGUUUAUUACAAUCAUUUGAUGCUGUCAAGAUGUUAUUCUAUACAUUUAUUGACAUUGUAGCACCAUCCAAAGGAUUUCCCGGCAUCACCAAGUUAUUUGAAGGUACGACUUUCCCAGAGAGUCUCUAAGGUCAAUCUACUUGGCUCCAACAUUCACCUGGUUUAACAUCUCAACAGAUGGCGAAAGCGAGCCAAUGUAUGCUCGCAAAAGGCCAUCUGUCUCUAUCACAUCAGCACAUCCAUGACAGCAUGAUGGUAUGCGGGGUAGAUUUUCGGUGGUUGCCAGAGAUUCUUUUGCAACACGCUGCUACUCUAUUUCAUGUUUGUUGACACAGGAAAUAAAACAAAAAUAUUUUUCUAUUGCGUUAUUAUUUACCUGUUUUUGUACCUACUUACUGACAGAAAUAUUUCCAUAUUUGAAUCAAAACCUGGCUUGUAAAGCUUUCCAAGGACAUGACAGGUGUUAAUCCCAUAAUUUAAUAUAUAGGGAUCAUAUUAUGGAUGAUGACAUUCACGAGAAGAUUUAUACGAUGUUACAUAAGGAGGUUGGCGCUAAUAACAGUUUUGUAAUCACGUACUUUUUCAGACCCUGUUUUUCAGCUAUAAGUAGAGAUCAAGAAGUACAGAAAUUUAACUCCACGGUAAUAUAUUUUAUUUAUACUCGCUCACAACGACAGCAUCUAAAAUAAAGUGUUCUAACACAUGGAGCUUGGAAAAACUAUGACUCAUGAUGGCUCAAGACAUGAGUCAGUCUCAAAGUGUAUGAACUUGUCUUCAUUUUCUAUAUUUUUUAUCCUCUGGAAAGCAUGUGUGAACUGAUAUAUAUCUCCUAAGACACCUGUUUGCUGUCAAAGUGAUGAAAAUAUCUUGAGGUUGUCCUCACUUGAACCGUAACACACUGCAAGCGCCUUCCGAUCACUGAGUGAGUAGGUAUUACACAGGACACGUUACCAAUCUAAUGAGAUUAAAUCUCGCCUAUCCAUUUUCUAUAAGGUUUAUCAUGACUGGUAGCUGGCAAAUCACAGCAGACACAACAGAUGCAAUAUAACAUUGAAAAUUCUGUCUUUGUAAACAUAACAAUAUGAUUUAGAUUGACAAAUGGUAAAAUAUUUUAUGACUGUUAGCCAAUUUGAAUGUAUUGUACUUGAAUUAGUGUUCAGUGCCGUUUUCCGUCAAUGGAAACUACAAAAACCUUUUUGUCUUGUAUUAAUAUUACUGGAUAAUGCAGUACAGUAAUCAAUGGUGUUGCAUAUAAACGUGAUGUACAAUCAAAGUUUUCAGCAGGCCAACCAAAAACAAUCUAUCAGGAGUGAUUUAGUGACAUUUAAAACAUGAAAAAUGGCAAGAAGUAUAGAAAAAUAAAACAUUUAAUUAGAAACAUAACAUUUUUAACAUCUGAUAAAUUGCACGGUUUCUAUUUUUUUCUUUAAUUCACGUUGUAUCCUUCUAAUUAGAUUUAUAAAAUGCACUUGGAAGUACAUCAAUACAAAAAGUGUUGCUGUUGAGUGUAAUGUGAAUAAAAAAUAUUUUGUUAAAACUUAAACUAUUGAAUUUAUACAUUACAUAUCAAAGUUUGUUGUAUCUUCUACUAUUUACUAAUUGUUUGACUAUAUAUAAAAAAAAAAAAACCUUCCCUACCAAUUGUAGCAUUUUCAGUAAAAAUAUAUUUUUCUGCUAACUCCUUUCAAUGUAAACAUGCCACUAAUAGCAAAGCUAUGCUAUGACAAGCAUGAAGUCAGCCAAUGAAAAACAGUCUAAAGUCAGGCAAAGCUGCGUGAAAAGAAGACAAUCCAGCUCACCAUUGUCUGACCUCCAGGUGUUUGACAUCAUUGUGUCUGUGGUAGGCAUCCUGAUCGUGGCUCACAAGUUCGAGUCACUGUGGUGUGCGCUGAGUGACAGGUCUUAUAUACCUCAAAUGCGGGACACAGGCGGCAGUCACGGUUGGUGGUGCCGGCAUUCAAUGUGAGAUCGGAAUUGGUAAUGAUACUAAGAGGUGUGUAACCAGAUCGGGGUUUUAAUGUGGUUUUCUUAAAACGGAAACAUGGAUGCUUGGAUGUGAGGGCAUCCCGUUGUGCCGGGCCAAAAUACUUGCUGCAUCCCCGACCUUUAGACGUGGCACGCGGUCAGUGCUGAUGCAAGGGGAUGACUUUGGUAUGUGUGAUAGCACCCAACAACACAAACAAAACAUAAACACGACCAAAUACAUAAACUGUUUGUCUGUUUGGCAACAGAAAAACAACAUUUCCAUGUUGCUUUUUCUGACAGUAAUUCCAUGUCUCUGGUGUAACCCUGUUCAUACCAAAAGCCAUCUGGGAUAGACUUCAGCUAACCCAUGAAGUCGAUGACAGCAUCAUGCUGUGAGGUGAAGGAACUGGGAGACUAUAAGAUUAAGAGCAAAAUGAAUGGAGCAAUGUACUGCGAUAUCCUGGAUAAAAACCCCUUCCAAUGGCUACUUGACCUUAGGCUAGGGUGACAGUUCAGGUUUCAGCAGGACAACAACUGCCAAGAUACCAAAAGAGUAGCUUCACGAUAAGUGAAUGUCCUUGAGUGGCCCAAACCGAGUCUGAACAUAAAUCCUAUUGACCAAAUCUGAAGGGAUCUGAAAAUUAUUGUUGACUUUAUUAUGCACUACAGUUGAUGUCAUAGUUUCUGAUACUUGUGAUUUACGUUUUGGCUUGAGCAGGCGAUACAGUCAGCCAUUCAGGUGCCAACCCUCCCGAUGCAGCCAAGCAUAUGCCUUAAAAAUAUUUUAUCCAAAAGCAACAAAUCAUACAAAUACCAGUAGGGCUCAAAGGCAGUAUCAGUUAAUUGGAUCCUUGUUUUGAAAAAAGUCAAGUCCAAAGUCAAGCUUUUGUGGAGGAACCAAUGUAAGAGCCUCUUUGGCCUAUCACCAGUGUUGUCACGGAUUACUUAAAAAACUAAUUUAAUUACUGAUUACUGAUUAUACUUCAGAAAGUAAUCUAGUUACUUUACUGAUUACGUUAUUAUCAAAGUAACUAAGUUACUUUAAAAGUAACUUAUCAGUUACUUUUUACCAAUUUUUCUCCUUUUGCUGCCUCAACAAAAACAUAACAGAAAAAUGUCAUCGCGUGUAAUUGAGUUUUUCACAUAAGGCUUAAUCUUUGAGUAAGCGGGGGUUUAAUUAGUCGAUGGAGUUGAUUUCAACCACCAUUGACUCGCCCUACCUUAGCCAUUCUGGAGCCCUAAAACUAACAAAUAACUGACAAACUGCACGAAAUUUGUUUAAAUCAACUCCAACGACUAAUUAAACCCCCACUAACUCCAAGAUUAAGCCUAAUUUUAAAAAUUCUGAACUUCCCCUUUGAAAUAAAGACGUAGCCGUUAAAAUGUUGUCUAUAAAAGUUGUAAAGCAACAUAAGAAACAACAAAAAUUAAUGAAAUGAACAAAAAUCCUACAACGUACUUUUCAUAAUGUGUCAAAACCUUUUUUCGAACAGAUCAUGUGACUAGCACCUUGGAGACUAUCCUUUGCUUUGCUAAGCCAAAACUACACCAGAGGAGGCAAGAUGGAUAUUUAGAAUUUCUUUAAAAAUCUAAGCUUUCAAACGCUACCAACAACAACUUGAACAGUUGAUUGAACUUGAACAGUGUCAAGAUGUGCAUAGGCUGUAUACUGUAUACAGUAUUGGCCAAAAGUUUGGAGACACCUCAAAGGUGGAUACUUUGAAGAAUGUAGAAUACAAAACCUGUUUUCAGUUAUUUCACUUUUUUUUUGCCAUUCCACAUGUUCGUUCAUAGUUUUGAUGUCUUCAGUGAAAAUUUACAAUAGUAGUGAAAAUAUAUAAAACGCAAAAAUGAUGAAGUGUGUCCAAACCUUUUACUUUUCUUUCAGAGUCUUCAACAUACUUUUCCUCCAGUCCCACAAAUGUAAAACUCCGCCUAUGAUUACAAACUCUAACUAUAAAAUGUACAUAAGUACAGAGUUGUGUACAGAGUUUGCAAUGCACGGAGAUAUUUUUGUCAUCUUUACUGGACAGAUACAGAUAUGUGAAGUAAUGGCUGUAUCUCCAGUGAGCAAAUGCAGCCGUUUGUUGUAUCUCUCCGGCUCCUUUACUGUUAGCAUCCUGAUAGGUAGCCAGGCUAUGUUGUUGACCGCCAUGGCAGCCGGCGCCCACACAGCAUGGUAAUACACGUGACCCGUUUUUUUUCCGAUGACAAAACGUGAGAUGUGAUGUCACUCCCAAACUCAAGAGCAGUAUUAUUUAUUCAAAUGCUCUUCGUACAUGACUACAGUAUUCUUCAUUCUACAUACAGUAUGAGGCAACAACAAAAUAGUAACGCACAGGUACUGACGAAACUAACUUUAAUCAGAUUACUGGCUAGGAAAAAUGAACGCUUUAGAUUGCUCGUUACUGAAAGAAAGUAAUGAGAUUACUUAGUAACGUGUUAAUGACAACACUGCCUAUCACCUAUCACGAGUUUUUUGCGUGAAUUUCUACACAUGCAGCACAUUCAAACUUGUCCCGUAAUGCAAAACUGUUUUCCCCACGAUCUUGUAUAUUGUUACUUUUCAAAACUCUAUGAUACCGAUAGACAUGUGCCGAUUACCGGUUUCAAGGUAUACCGUGGUAUGAAAAUGUCAAGGUUUCAAAACCGCAAAAAUUUCCAUCAUAUCGUCCCUAAGUUAUUAGCUAUCUUUUAUGACCCAAAAAUGCAUGAUCAAUCGCUCACUUACAGCUGUAAGGCUCAACCCCCCCUUACCGGUUGUUGCUCAGUGUCAGUGAGUCAGCUGUGCUACACGAUGGCAGGAGGACGUGAAACUCCUGAACUUUUUCCCCCAUCGAAAAAAAGGAAAUUGCUGGUAUGGGAAUACUUUGGUUACAGAAAACUUACAGGCGGCUGCGGCUUAGAUGAGGAGCCAACGGACAUGUAAAACAUGUUUGCGGAAGAUGGCUGCCGAGGAGGCAAUACCUCCAAUAUGAUUUCGCAUUUUUACAAAAUUAAAGGUUAGUAAACACUGUCAUGAACGUUUCGCACUAGCUACGAGAGUUAACUCCAGCGUGUUUAGUAUGUCUCCCGGUGAUAAAACGUGUUUUUUUUUCUCUCUGGCAACUGUGAGUGAAAUCAGUAUAAUUGUAUCAGUAUUCACAGCGUUGUAUAUGGUUAUAUAUUGUAAUUAGUGUAGUAUAUAAAGUUUUAUACAGAAAGUUUUAUACAGAUUUAAGGAAAUAACUAUGGGUUGGUCAUUUGAAAAGUAACUCACAAGGCAAAAAAAGAGUGAGCACCCAAGCUGUAUAGUAUAUCUGGUAUUCUACAUAUCAUAUGCAGGAAGGUACAGUAGGGGAACAUAUAUAAAUAUACAUAACCUAAAUACUGAAGUCACUGCAAGUCACACGACAAAGUGACAAGAGCCGACCUCCAUCAUUACAUCUUCCGUUUAUGGUCCCGCCGCUUUCAUGUUCCUCGAAUGCACGAGCCACGUUAGCAUCGAAACGCGAGCCGUCGUAAACGCUCCUCUUUAGGUUGCGAUGGCCAGCCAUUUACAGCUUGGCACGCUGACAGUCAAGGCUGGCCUGCCCCACUCAGGCUGACGUAGGCCCACACGAGAGCUGCAUGCUACACAUUACAUACAAAGCUGAGCCGGCUCGCAGGAAUGUUUUGACAGCAGCAAACCAUGAGUUCAUAUAUGUGUCUUCUCUGUUGACAGAUGAAUUGAUCUGGGAUCAAACGCAGUGACCUGCGUGCUUGCUGAUCGCUACACUGAAGGUCAUACCUUUGAAACCAAUAUUACCAUGUAAAUUAAUUUCUUUGACUCAGACGGUGCCUUUGGCGACCAAUGGCAAUCCAUUUGAAUUGGAAGAGGCUGGAAGCUACCUAGUCCAAAUUUAUCGCUGUCAAUGGCAGCUAAUUAAUGAGUUGAAAGCGUAAAAGUCUAAACAUAUUCAAUUUAUACCUUCUGCAUUGUAGCUGGCGAUUUGUCAUGCGAUUCAAAUCAUCCAUUCAUUUUCUGUUUCAACAACCUUUGUUUAGCCAAAGUACAUCAUUAAAAUCUAACAUCAACCAACCAUGAAAAAGUAUACUACACUAAACACCAUAAUCUUUCUGUGGUCAAUUAAUUAAUCGCUUUGAGAGUUGUCGGAAAAUGGUGGCGUGUCCUCUCCGGGUCGAGGAUGAGAUCCUGCCCCAAGUGGAGGAGUCUAUCUAAGGUAUCUAUCGAUCUUGUUCACGAGUGAGGGUAGGAGAUAUCGGGAGAUCGACAGACGGAUCGGUAUAUAAUGGAUGGAUUGAUGGAUGGCUUUGAUAGUUGAAGUUAGAUUUUUUUUUGUAGUAGAUAUGCAAAAGUAGGUAUACGGUAGGUUGUAAAGCAUAAAUUUCGUUAUGAUACAAAAAGAAAUAUAUCAAAUUGUUAGGGGUGUAACGGUACACAAAAAUCUCGGUUCGGUACGUACCUCGGUUUUGAGGUCACGGUUCAGUUCAUUUUCGGUACAGUAAGAAAACAAAAUGCAAAAUAUAAAUGUGCUAGUUGUUUAUUACACACUUUUGUGCUUUUCAACAAUAGGAACAUUAGCCUAUACAAAGCUAGAAUUUGCUCAAAAAGUAGCUGGUAUUUAAAGAUAAUAAUCCAACAACAAUUUGCCUUUCAGACCCCGCGUAUGGGUCAGCUUUCUUUCUGAAAGAAAGAAGAAAAAAGAAGUCCUGUGCUAAAGAGAAAAGCAAUCCCAAUGACAAAGAUUUUAAGAUGUAUUUUAAAAAUGAAAUACCUCAAUGAAUCCUUUUUAUUCUUUUGAACGGUUUUCAAAAGCUUUAUUGAUGGAUUUUCUCAAGUUAAAGCGCCACACAGAAAUUAAUAAAUUUAAUUGUGUAAGCAGGAUCUGUGUAUUAUUCUUAUUAUGUAAUUACAGGUGUUUCAGCUCAUUUCGAUUUAUUUUAUUUAAAUGAGCUAUUUUUUUUUUUAUUAUGUGUUUAUAAUUUACAAAUGUGAUGUAGUAUUCAUUUAUAUUGUAUAUUUCAUGUUGUAUAACUGUGAAUAUUAGUUCCUACUUGUUUUGUUGUGGUAGGAGGGUUUUGUAUUGAACACGGGGCCGUGUUGGUUAUUAUUAUAGCUGAGAAGACAGCAGUAAAUAAAAAAAGACAAGUCAACUGUGCCCCGAUCUACCACUCAAGAGAUCUGAUGGACUCAAAAAGUGGGUUACGAUUGCAUAUUACUUUGAAAAUCGACCGGAUCCACCGUAUUUUUACACGAGUGACUUCCGGUCUGCCCGAUACUAGCUAGUAGCAUUGACGCAGGAGGGCCACGUCUUGCGUCAAAUAAUAAACUCUGCCGUUCUUUUUGCGUGCGUCGCGGUGAUCCGCUUCUGGGACGCCUCUAACACGCGGCCGCACUGCAACUGGUGUGUAUUGGCCAAUUGACUUUAACGCCCGCGUUUCACGGCGUUCUCGCGGCGGCCACGUUGUCGCGUUUCUGGGUCAUAUACUGUCCUACCGUGUUGGUCCCCAUUAUAGUGGAAAAGACGGAGUAAAUAAAAUCCACACAAAGAAACUGUAACCCGAUCGACUCACAGCCUCGAAAAGUAAGGGUUACAUUACGUCAGAAACUCGUUCGGUACGCCUCCGUUCCAAACCGAGCACCCCGUACCGAAACGAUUCAAUACAAAUACAUAUACCGUUACAUCCUUACAAUUUGUUGAACAACUAUACCAUAUUUGUUGAUAGUACAAAGCCUGCAAUCACUUAAAGUGCCUGUGACAGCAUAAAAAUAAUCUUAAAUAGCAUAAUUAUGUGAAUUGGAAUCAUAUUUUGGGAUGACUCCACCAUAUACAACAAUUUGGAAAAGGGUAGAUGACGAAAAACAAGUCUUGUAAUCUGCCGUUUAGGAAAUAACAGUCUUGUGCUCAAUGGAAUAUGAAAUAUUAAAAAUGCAUUUAUUCAGUACAGGAUGGUAAAAUUCCAACAUAAUGGUCAACACUGCUGACUUCUUAACCUUCCGAACGAUAUUUUAUACCAUCGGAUGUAGUCCAGCUUUUGUCAUUUCCCUGCCCCGGCUUUUGAGACGGCGGAAGAGCGUAAACAAAACCGGAGAAGUGACAGCAAGCCGACGUUCUAACCCGAACCGAGCGGCUUCUCCAAGUCUUUUUUUCGCCUUUCGAAAACGAAAAAUCACACAAAACUACCCCAACCUUAUAUCACACACGGCGGAGAGGGUGAGAGCCUUCCCCGAUCGGCCCGUCCCCGGCGGCGAGCAAGUUUCGGCUUGUCGUUCCUAUGCUGCGGGCAGGAGUGCUUGUUGCCGGGGAAGCAGCUGGAGAAUGACCACGGGACAAACCGGCCGACGUAGGAGGAGUGUGUGGCUGCCCUGAGCCCAAGCCGAGGAUAGUGGUCUAUUGGUGAGCACACGAGGCAGACCGAGGGGGCAGAAGUGGCCAUGAUAUGUGAAAAGCCGCCGGUCGUCGGCUGAGUUGCCUUCUCGGUGGACAGGGAGCAUUGUCACCCACAAAAUGCAAGCCACAUCCGUAUUAAAACAUGUCCCAUGAUGCCAGUAUUUGACAUAAUACAAAACACGUAGUUUACUCACUUCCAUGUCGGUCUAAUGGUCCCACAGUUGUUGGACUUGCAGUGAAUGAGAACUUUUUGAAACCCAAAAAGGCUCAUACGCCUUUCCCUGGUGCAGCAACAAAAUCCUGCAGCACAUUGGGCAGGUGUGAUGCAAAAAAAUAAACAAAUUCCGCAAAACCACUGUAAUCCACAGUCCUUCUGCAUACGAUACUAAUGGCUGUAUUGUGAAGAUGGUGACCCGGCUGACGUCACAUUUGCAUUCUUCCUCAAUCCAGGAAGUCACUCAUUUUCAUGGCACGGGAAUCAAAAAAUUGAAUAAAUAAAUCGAUUGCUUCCACACACAUCCAAGUGGUUCAUUUCAUUCAGGAGCAUAAAAAAAAUGUGAAAUAUGAAAUAAACAUGCUUUUUGCUGUCGGUACUUUAAAGGCCUUUGAUUGUUAUCCGAUAUUAUGUGCAAAUAUACUGUAGCACAUUCAGUUAAAUUUCACCAAUUGCAAGGGAAAUAUAAAUCAAUUUGGAUAUUUUUGACAAAUGAAAACAUUUUCUAUUGAACAAAAUGGCAUAUCUAAAACAAGACUAUUUUGAUCUGUGUUUUGCAUUCAAUCAAUUUGAUUGGAUCGUUGCUUAACCAAUCGAUAUAUCAAUUCAGAUCGAUGUACUGUUCACAUCAAUAUAUGGCUUCUGAUUUCUAAAUUUCAGAUUAUACCACUUUUGAACUCCCUGUGUAAUAUACCAACCAAUUAGAGUGAAACUGGAUGAUGCCUCACGACCUGCUAAUGUGCUGCAGCACACUUGUAUCGCUUAUUAAAUGGCUUAUUCAUAUCGCUCACCACAUGUAAGGCCUUGGUGUGUUUGCACCUGCUUAGUCGGUGUAACGCUCCCUUUUCCUUUUUCCAAGAUGCAAAGACAUGUGUAUGGCGGUCUAAUCAGAUAAGUAUGGGUAUACAGGCCAGGCGAUGCUUGGUGUCAACACAAUGAUCCCACCUUGGCAGUCUCUGUUACUCCUAUUAGUGAGCUCAUUCUCUGGACAUACCUUACCAAAAUGUCAGACCGGAGACUCCAGGGAGCCAAACAAAAGCCUCUUUCCUGGGAGGGUGUACAUGUACAGUAUAUAAGAUGGCACAUGGCAUAACUGCAGCAGAGCUCAACUGACAGACGUGAACGUGCUUAACACACCAGCAAGAGGCGAUAAAGAUGCCAACCACCGCAGCCAGCACAAGAAUCCUGCUUGCAGCCUGCAAUCCUAGUAAGUGGAGCACAUGGAAUAUCAUUAAAAAUGCUGAUUUGAUGCUUAAAAGUGUUUCAUUUAUCUUAGCGAAAAUAGGGAAGAAGACCAAAAAUGUGAUUCCUCUUCAAGAGAAAAUUCCUGACUAUGAUCCCGACAUCCCGGAGCCAAAAUGCCGAGCUGAACUCCUUAAGUACUGGAUCAAACUAUCUCUGGAUGACAAGACAGCCAAUAAGAUGCUGUGGAUAACAGACGGAGGCUCCAAAGUGUUCCGAAUGACUGAUGACGUCACUUGUCCUGUACUGGAUAGACCAGAGAGAUACGAAUAUUCACCUCAGGUUCUUUGCAAAGAGGGAAUCCUGGGCUUUCGAGCGUAUUGGGAGAUCGAGUAUUCCGGAUGGGUGGUGGCCGGGGUCACUUAUGAAGGGGCUGGACGAAGGGGACGCGAUGGCCCCUGUGGCCUAGGGGAGAAUGAACAGUCUUGGGGUAUCGGCUGGGGGGGCUCACAUUACCAGGUGUGGAUCGAUGGCAUCAACAAUGGAAUCUGGGACGUCCCUCAGUACAGCACCAUUGGGGUUUACCUGGACCACCCAGCAGGGGUGGUCAAUUUUUAUGCCGUGGAGGAGGUCGAGGGCAGGCGAGAGGUGAGACUCUUGCAUCAGAUUAAGAGUUCCUUCAAGGGGAGGAUGAUGCCUGGUUUCUGGGUAGGACAAAAGUCCUCAUGCACUAUCAGUUUGAAGGAAUAAGCCUUUUUUUGCACGCCUGCCACCAUUUCCUAUUUUAUAAUCAGUCUGCAGAUAAUUUGAUGUGGAUACAAAAGAGUCGCACUGUGUAUAUAUACAUUCAGAGGUUUUUAUAUAUUUAUAUUCUUCAAUAAUAUAUUUGUGUA